UUCAAACAAAUGUUAAAAAGUCCGGUUUUCCAAAGUAGACUAAAUAUUUACUUGCGAAACUAUUAAUAAUGAACUUUUAUGAAAUUAAAAUUAAUUAAAAACAACGGUUUGUCACAAAGCAGAGUAAUAAAGAAAUAUAUUUAGAAUAAGUUAAUAUAAGUUUAUUUAUACACGAUGUCUGACGCUUGGGAAGAAAUUCAGGCUGUCAAAAGCAAGAGAAACAGUUUGAGAGAGAAGUUAGAGAAAAGGAAGAAGGAGAGACAAAACAUUUUAGGAACGAAUUUAGCUAGUGGUGAUAAAACUGAGAGCGUACCGGCGGCUGCGUCUAGUGGUAAAGAACGCAGCGCGUCUAGCCCGGCGCCCAGUAAAAGUGACACUCCGUCUAUAGACAAAUCGAAAUUGAUACCCUCAGCAUCUCUGGAGGUUCGUCUUCUCCAAGUUUUAUCGGACAUGCAGCUCCAACUCCCGGCCACGGCCAGCGCCUUAAUGCCAGGCCUCGGUGAUGUCGAUACUGGCAUUGUGGCCAGCCUGCUACAGAAGUUCGCAACACAGAAACUUAUAACUAUUAAAGAGAGGACAGAGAACACAACGGAUGCUAGUAUUGAGGUUGUGAAUGCUGAAUCCGUUAGACUGGCUGCCGUGUUGGCAGCAUUGAUGGAAGAACAAUCGUCCACAGUCAAAAGGAAAGGUGAUAGUGCCUCUGACGAAGGAGCCCAUCCGAAAGUCGCUAAAUCUGCCACAGAUGAUAAAAAAACUGGGAAAAGUGAUGCUGAUAUCAUGUCUUUAUUAGCAAUGCCGUCAAGUAGAGAAAAAGCUGUGAAAAGAGUGGGCGAAGAAAUUAUGGAUUUGCUGAGUAAACCAACGGCUAAGGAGAAAUCACUCGCGGACAAGUUUAAGAGCCAAGGAGGUGCCCAGGUGAUGGAGUUCUGCCCUCAUGGCACCAGAUCCGACUGCGGUUCCCCGACAUGCAAGAAACUCCACUUCAAGAAGAUAAUUCAGAACCACACUGACGAAGCCCUCGGUGAUUGCUCUUUCCUCAACACCUGCUUCCAUAUGGACAGUUGCAAAUACGUUCACUACGAGGUGGAUAACACAGACCCAAACAUAACAGCCCCCAAGACGACCCCCGAACCAGCGGCGAAACCGGGGAAUAAUGGAACACCCGCAGCGCCCAAGGCUGACGGAGUUCUGACGCUGACCCCCCCACAGUGGAUACAGUGCGACCUGAGAUAUCUAGACAUGACGUUCCUUGGUAAGUUUGCCGUGAUAAUGGCAGAUCCACCGUGGGAUAUCCACAUGGAACUGCCGUACGGCACUAUGUCUGAUGAUGAGAUGAGGUGUCUCGGGGUGCCGCAGCUGCAGGACAGUGGGCUCAUCUUCCUCUGGGUGACCGGAAGAGCCAUGGAGUUGGGCAGAGAGUGUCUGAAGCUGUGGGGAUACGAGCGUGUGGAUGAACUCAUCUGGGUGAAGACGAACCAGCUGCAGCGGAUCAUACGAACCGGGCGCACCGGGCAUUGGCUGAACCAUGGGAAGGAACACUGUUUGGUGGGCAUGAAAGGCAACCCCGAGAAUUUGAAUCGUGGUCUAGACUGUGACGUCAUCGUAGCCGAGGUCCGCGCCACAAGCCACAAACCAGACGAGAUAUAUGGCAUAAUUGAGAGACUCAGUCCUGGGACGAGAAAGAUAGAACUUUUUGGCCGUCCGCAUAACGUGCAACCAAACUGGAUAACACUAGGCAACCAAGUGGAUGGCGUGCGUCUCGUCGACCCUGAUCUCAUAGCGGCUUUCAAGAAACGCUACCCUGAUGGUAAUUGUAUGGCGCCCCCUCCCCCGGACCCCGGCCUAGCUUAAUACUGACGAGAUCUAGCUUAAAUUAUGUAUAUACCAUAGACUAAGAAUAUUAAAUGUAAAUAAAAGUGAUUUUUUUUUUUCAAAAAUAAAAUUAUUUUGUACCAAA